CUGAAGGUCAUUAAAACACAAAAGCGCUCCAGCGCUGCGGUCCAAUAUAGCGCAUGCGCCCUGCCCGAGGACUGGCAGGGAGACGGCAAUAUGGCGAGAAUGCCUGGCAGCGGCGGCGGCGGCGGAGAGUGGAGCGGCGGAGGGGGAGGCGGAGGAGGCGGCGGCGGCGGCGACAGCAGCGGCGGCGGCAACAAUGCGGGGGACCGGCCGCCCGCCCGCGGCGUCGCCCCUCGCCCGCACCGCUACUGCAGCGCCGGCGAGGAGGAGGAGGGCGAGGAGGAGGAUGAGAUCCAGGAGGUGCAGAUAACGGGGGACGAGGAGGAGGAGGACGGAGCCGAUGGGGGGCUGCUGCUGGACGAGGAGGAGGAAGAGGAGAUGGGUCUGGAGUGGGACGGCGAGGAGGAGACGGAGCCGCUGCCGCCCGCCCCGGGCCCUACGCCGGGCGGCGGCGGUAGCGGCGGCCGCGGCGGCGUCGGGGCGGCCCCGGGGGGCGCCGCGGCGGCUGCCCCGGGGGGCGGCGGCGGCGGUGGCCCCGGGGGGGCGGCGGAGGACGCGGAGCUGGAGGCGGCCCUGCUGCUGCAGCGGCCGGAGCGGGCGCGGCUGAGCGAGAACACGCGGCUGGCGACCCGCUACGCCGUGCGCAUCUUCCGCGAGUACCUGAGCGAGAAGGCGCAGAGCCCCGACUUCGAGACCAUGGACAAGGGGGCGCUCUGCCGGGUCCUGCGCUCCUUCUACGCCGAGGCGCGCUCCAAGAGCGGGCAGCUCUACUCCAAGUCCUCCCUCAUCAGCAUCCGCAGCUCCCUCAACCGCUACCUCAACGAGCCGCCCUACUGCCGCACCCUCGACCUCACCAAGGACCCCGAGCUCCGCGCCGCCAACCUCACCUUGGCCGCCGUCAUCCGCAAGCUGGAGGAGCAGGGCGCCGGGCCGGUGGUGCAGAAGCAGGCCAUCACUCGCGCCGACCUUCGGAAGCUCUACACCUGCAGCGUCUUCAGCACCCAGAGCCCCUUUGGGCUCCUCAACAAGGUCUGGUUCGAGACCUGCAUGUACUUCUGCACCCGGGGCCGGGAGAACCAGCGGGAACUGGAGGAGGACUCCUUUGGGCUAGCUGUGGAUGAGGACGGACGCAAGUUUGUCUACUUCAAGGCACUGGGGCCCUACCACAAGUCGCGCUCGUCCUCCUGGAGCAAGAAGCGGGCGGAAAGCAGCGAUGAGGAGAAUCUGCCCCGCAUGUAUGAGACUGGCACUGAGUUCUGCCCCUACGCCAGCUUCGUCAAGUACCUCUCUAAGCGCAACCCCCUCUGCAAGGCCUUCUUCCAGCGCCCGCGGGACCACUGCAGCGAGGGUGACAUCACCUGGUACGAGAACAAGGCCAUCGGCAAGAACCUCCUGGGCACCCGCAUGCAGAUGCUCUCCAAGGCGGCCAAGCUCUCCAAGACCUACACCAACCACUGCAUCGGUGCAGUCUCCAUCGCCACCCUCAACAGCAUUGCUGGCAUCGGCACCAAGCUGGGGGGACCGCAGCCGCCACACCACCACCCCCCUCCCCACCACCACCACCACCACCUCCUCCUCCACCACCCCGCUGGCGGGGGCUGCUACACCCCUGCCGCACUCAAUGGUGGACCACGGCCCCUGCCGCCCGCCGCCAACCCCUACAUGCUCCCCAAAGACGGUGAUGCCGCACCGGUGAAGGCAGAAGCGGCUGCGGUGGCUCCGGCCAAGCGGGCACUCUACGAGGCAGUGUUCCCGGCGGGGGCCGCGGCCGGUGGCGAUGUGUGUGGGCCCUCGGCCUCCCCCAAAAGACUCUGCCGCCGCCCCGCCGAGCCCGUGGACGCCGCCGCCCCUGCCGUGGUGGUGGUCUCAGUGAAACACGACCCCCUGCCUCACCUCCUUCCCGAAGCCAAUGGGCACAGAAGCACCACCUCACCCACAGUAGUUUCACCUGCUAUUGUUUCCCCCACACAGGACAGUCGGCCCAAUAUGUCAAGACCUCUGAUCACUAGAUCCCCUGCAUCUCCAUUGAACAAUCAAGGCAUCCCCACUCCAGCACAGCUCACAAAAUCCAACGCACCAGUUCACAUUGAUGUGGGUGGGCACAUGUAUACCAGCAGCUUGGCCACGCUUACAAAAUAUCCCGAUUCCAGAAUCGGACGUCUUUUCGAUGGCACGGAGCCCAUUGUCCUCGACAGUCUCAAGCAGCAUUAUUUCAUCGACAGAGAUGGGCAGAUGUUCAGAUAUAUCUUGAAUUUUUUAAGGACAUCAAAACUCCUCAUUCCUGAUGAUUUCAAGCAGCUCCAGCUUCCACUCCCACGCUGAAAUUCAGAGAAUUGUGUGGGAAUCACAGUAUUGACAAAAUAAACUGCACACAUGGUAAUAUUUGAGCAUUAAGUCAUAGAAUGGUUUCUCCCUCAGACUCUUGAAUGCAUACUAAAAGUUUAAUUUUGGAGUUUUAGAGAAGUCAUGGAUGAAUAGUUCCACAUUUAUUAUUUAAACUUUAUUAAAUAGCCUGCUUUUUUUUUUCUUUUUAAUAACAAAUUAAAUCUGUGGUAGUUCACCACAUUAGACAUUAGCCUACAGAGGCAGAGCUUCAGACUCCAUGUGGUGUUCUAUGUUUAUCCACUUGCAGCUAUGUGGGUGUAUGUGUGGUGUCAGCGAAGAGAGCACUGGAGACCGAGGUUGCAAUCAGAACAGAUCUGUAUCAUUACUUAAUGAAUGCAUAUCAGCAUAGCUGGCUGUGCCAUUAGUUCACUGUAGGAAAUACAGCAAUUCAGAUUGAACAGGAGAGGUGACAGGGAAGGGUUAGAGCAGUUCACACUGGUGUGCAUUUUUUUUAUCCUUCACAUCUGAGACACAUUUUCAGGUGUUUGGGGAGUAAUAGGUGUGAGGUUGAGUUCAAGAGCCGUAUCGCAGCAACCUUUGAAUCAUCUGCUUAGAUGCAUACUGCCUUCUCCCAUGCGUGAAAAGGGUAGACCUACCUGAAUAACAUGCGAGUUUGGAACUAGCCGAUAAGCACCGUAUCAUUCUUGUGAAACCUUUGCGUGGCUUUGUGCUGCUCUUGGCGCUUGUCCCGAAGGUAAUCAGAAACACAGAAAAAGGAAAAGCCACCUUCCAUGCAACAUUAAGAAGUUGUAUAUGCAGAGCCUUUUAAACACAUAAAUAUACUGUAGCUGUGCUGAAAUUAAAACUGUAACUCCUGGCAAGUUCAACCAACGUGAUGUUCAAAGGGGUGUCCUUCCCAGUUAUGCUUUAAGGUGUCCAAAAGAUUGGUGCUUAAAAUGAACCGCAGUCUUUGUUUCUUAGAAAUACAUGGAUUAAGUUACUUUUUUUGUUACAUA